AUGCACCGCGGGCAGAACACUAGGAUCUGGUACAACAUACUGAGGAACAUGUCUACUAUAUCCAGACAAUCAGUCCAUAUCGGCCAGCAGAAGCUGGCUGAGAAGCUUAUUAUACUAAAUGAUAGAGGAAUUGGUAUGCUAACUCGAAUUUACAAUAUCAAGAAAGCUUGUGGAGAUGCUAAAUCUAAACCAGGAUUCCUUUCUGACAAGGCUCUUGAAUCUUCCAUUAAAAAUAUUGUUAGGAGAUUCCCUAACAUUGAUGUGAAAGGAUUACAGGCUAUUACUAAUAUAAGAAAUGAAAUUAUCAAGUCACUCUCUUUGUACUAUUACACAUUUGUGGAUCUUCUCGAUUUCAAGGAUAAUGUGUGUGAACUUCUCACUAUUAUGGACUCUUGCCAUUUAACAUUGGACUUGACUCUAAAUUUUGAAUUGACAAAGAACUACCUUGAUUUAAUAACCACAUAUGUCUCAUUGAUGAUCUUGCUGUCUAGAGUUGAAGAUAGAAAGGCUGUGCUAGGACUGUUCAAUGCUGCCCACGAAAUGGUUCAUAACCAAAUAGAUCAGAGCUUUCCUCGUUUGGGUCAAAUGAUUUUAGAUUAUGAUGCCCCAUUGAAAAAGCUAUCUGAGGAAUUUUUACCACACCAAAAAGUUUUCUCCAGUGCAUUACUCUCACUGUGGCAAGUGUAUCCUGCAAGAAAUUUAACAGCUGACCAUUGGAGAUCAGAACAAAAACUGAGUUUAGUCAGCAACCCAGCUCUACUCUUGAAACCUUCAGAGACAAACACCAUGUCAUGUGAAUAUGUAUCUCUGGAAUGUCUUGAAAGAUGGGUUAUAUUUGGCUUUGCCCUUUGUCACAAUAUGCUCCAGCAAGAACAAGCCAGCAAAAUGUGGGUAUAUGCUCUAGAAUCUGGGUGGGUUGUAGCAUUAUUUCGUGAUGAAGUCAUUUAUAUACACAGCUACAUACAGAGUUUCUUUGAUGGAAUUAAAGGAUAUGGUAAAAGGAUAUCAGAAGUAAAAGACUGCUAUCACCAUGCAGUUCAAAAAGCUGGCCACAAACACAGGGAAAGGAGGAAGUUCUUGAGAACAGCCUUAAAAGAAUUGGGCCUCAUUUUAACUGAUCAACCAGGUCUACUGGGUCCUAAAGCAUUGCUAAUAUUUAUUGGACUGUGUUAUGCUAGAGAUGAAGUAUUCUGGCUGCUGAGGCAUAAUGACAAUCCUCCACAGAAAGUUAAGGGUAAAACAGCAGAUGACUUAGUUGAUCGCCAACUGCCUGAACUUUUAUUCCACAUGGAAGAAUUAAGAGCUCUAGUGAGGAAAUAUAGUCAAGUCAUGCAGCGAUAUUAUGUGCAAUAUCUUUCUGGAUUUGAUGCGGUGGCUCUAAACUUAAUGAUUCAGAAUUUACAAGUUAAUCCUGAUGAUGAAAAUAUCAUACUGUCAUCCCUAUGCAGCACUGCUGCUAAUUUAAAUGUAAAACAAGUUGAAGACAAUGAACUGUUUGAUUUUAGAGCUUUCAGACUUGAUUGGUUUAGAUUACAGUCAUAUACAUCAGUCGCCAAAUCAGCAUUCAACCUUGUGGAGCAAAGAGAAUUGGCACAGUUUAUUGACAAGAUGGUGUUCCAUACUAAAAUGGUUGAUAAUCUUGAUGAAAUAAUGGUAGAAACAUCUGACUUAUCUCUGUUUUGUUUUUACAGCAAAAUUUUUGAAAGUCAAUUUCACAUGUGCUUAGAGUUUCCUGCACAAAAUCGAUACAUCAUUGCUUUUCCACUCAUAUGCAGCCACUUCCAAAACUGUACACAUGAGUUAUGUCCUGAAGAAAGACACCACAUCAGAGAAAGGAGUCUUUCCGUAGUAAACAUAUUCCUGGAUGAAAUGGCUAAAGAAGCUAAAAAUAUAAUUACCACAAUUUGUGAUGAGCAAUGCACUAUGAGUGAUAAGCUUCUGCCAAAGCACUGUGCUCAGACAAUUGCACAUCUUGCAAACAGGAAAAAAAAAGAUAAAAACAAAAAGAACACAACAGCUAUAGUUCAACCAGGAGCCGAGAGUUAUAGGAAGUCUAGAGAGGAUUUGACAACUAUGGACAAAUUACACAUGGCCCUGACAGAACUGUGCUACGCCAUAAACUACUGUGCCACUGUCAAUGUUUGGGAGUACACAUUUGCACCAAGAGAAUACUUACAUCAGCAUUUAGAAACUCGAUUUUCUAAAGCUUUGGUUGGCAUGGUUAUGUUCAAUCAGGAUACCAGUGAAAUUGCCAAACCAUCAGAAUUACUGGUCAGUGUUAGAGCCUACAUGAAUGUUCUGCAAACUGUUGAAAAUUAUGUGCACAUUGACAUCACAAGAGUAUUUAAUAACUGCCUUUUACAACAAACUCAGAACACAGAUAGUCAUGGUGAGAAAACUAUAGCUUCUCUUUAUACUCAAUGGUAUUCUGAGAUUUUGUUAAGGAGGGUAAGUGCAGGAAGUAUCUGCUUUUCUAUGAACCAAAAAGCUUUUGUAAGCUUAACCGCAGAAGGAGCAAUUCCAUUUAAUGCAGAAGAAUAUUCUGAUAUUAAUGAAUUAAGAGCCCUUGCGGAACUAAUUGGACCUUAUGGCAUGAAGUAUUUGAGCGAAACAUUAAUGUGGCACAUUGCAAGCCAAGUCCAAGAGCUAAAGAAGUUGGUAGUACAAAACAAAGAAGUUCUGCAGAUGCUAAGAACUAAUUUCGAUAAACCUGAAAUUAUGAGAGAACAAUUUAAGAGAUUGCAGCAUGUGGACAAUGUUCUACAGAGGAUGACAAUAAUUGGUGUGAUUUUAAGCUUCAGGCAGAUAGCUCAAGAAUCAAUUUUGGAUGUUUUAGAAAGACGAAUCCCAUUCUUAAUCAGCUCUAUUAAAGAUUUCCAACAACAACUGCCUAGUGGCGAUCCAAUGCGUGUUAUAUCUGAAAUGUGUUCUGCUGCUGGAUUGCCUUGUAAGGUAGAUCCAACGUUAGCAUCAGCUCUCCGGCAACAAAAAGCCGAUGUUGAAGAGGAAGAGCAUUUGGUUGUUUGCCUCUUAAUGGUUUUUGUAGCGGUUUCAUUGCCUCGGCUUGCGCGUAGUGAAGGUUCAUUCUACAGGCCUUCCUUAGAGGGUCACGCAAAUAAUAUUCAUUGCAUGGCACCAGCAAUAAAUCAUAUUUUUGGAGCACUUUUCACUAUUUGUGGACAAGGCGACAUUGAAGACCGCAUGAAGGAGUUUUUAGCUCUGGCUUCAUCAUCUUUACUUCGCUUGGGUCAGGAGACUGACAAAGAAGCCAUAAAAAAUCGAGAAUCAGUGUAUCUUCUCCUUGACCUGAUCGUUCAAGAAUCUCCAUUCCUUACAAUGGACCUGCUAGAAUCUUGUUUCCCAUACGUCUUGAUACGUAAUGCUUAUCACGAAGUUUACAAGCAAGAGCAGACAGGAAGCCAUUUAUAA